AUGUCUCUUCCCGAGGCCGCCUGGGCUUUAGUAAAAAGAAACACGGGAAAGGCCGUCAUCGAGAAGCUGCCCCUUCCCGAGCUCCGAGACGGCAAUGUGCUAGUCAAGACAAAGGCCGUUGCUAUCAAUCCUACAGACUACAAGUACAUUGACAGCUAUGACCCAGAAAGUCUUGGUGUAAGGGUCGGAUGUGACUUUUCGGGCGAGGUUGUUGCUGUUGGCAAUGGAGUUACCAACUUCAAGGUUGGUGAUCGAAUUGCUGGAUUCAUUCCCGGAGCGAACAUUCUUGAACCAGACAUCGGGUCCUUUGGAGAGUAUAUAAUUGUCCAGGCAGAUGUCCAAUUUCACAACCCUCUCAGCGAUGAGGAGGGAGCAUCCAUUGGAGUAUCAAUCUUUACAGUCGGCCAAGGUCUAUACCAGAGCUUAGGGCUUAACCUUCCAUCAGACUCCAUCACGACGUCAACCCCGAUUCUCAUUUACGGCGGUAGCACCGCCUCGGGCAUUCUUGGAAUCCAGUUCGCCAAGCUGUCUGGAUACAAAGUCAUCACCACCGCCAGCCCCCGGAAUUUCGACUAUCUCAAGUCCCUAGGAGCUGAUGCCGUCUUCGAUUACCGAUCACCCACCGUCGUCGAGGACAUUAUCGCUGCUGCAGGCGGCGAGCUGACCAUCGCCUGGGACUGCAUCUCGCUCGAAGGCUCAGCCAAGAUCUGCGCAGCUUCAAUCUCAGACAAGGGUGGAAAGCUUGGCUUACUCCUCCCAGUUGAACCGGCUAUCAUCAAUGCCAUAAACCCCAACAUCAUCUCAUCCAGCACUCUUGCCUACUCAAUCACGGGACAGCCCAUGAAAAGAUAUGGUAAAAGUUUUCCUGCCAAUCCCGAGGACAAUGAAUUCGCAAAGGAAUUCAGAGACUUGGCUGAGCAAAUCUUUAAGGAUGGCAAGGCGAAGCCGGCCAAGAUUGAGGUUAACCGCGGUGGAGAAAGCCUUGAGGGAGUUUUGGUGGGCUUGGAUGAGAUGCGCAAGGAGAAGGUUAGCGGAGUGAAGCUCGUUUACACGAUUUAA